CCAGUUUAUCUACUAAAAGAGUAGUAAUGUCAUACUAUAUAUUUACUUUAUUGUUCAAACUUCUUGUUAAUGGCACGUACGUUAAAAGCUAAUUUACUUUCAAAAUCAUUAUCAUCGUUCACGUGUAACCUCUUCGUAGAAGAAAAAAAUUACCGAAAUACUCACUGAGCUUUUCUAGAAAAUUCAAGGUUCAGUUUUAGGAUGAAUGUUUGAUGAAAAUAUAUAGCUGAAUUACUUACUAAUUGACCAAUAGAGGACCACAAUUUAAUCGCUAACCAUUUGUCCCUACCCAUCUGUGCGGGAAUUAUUCAUCGCUGUUAUGAAAUAUAAUGCUUAUCAUAAAAUAUUACAAAACGUUUUUGAUGCAAUUUGGUAAAUAAUGUCUCAAAUGAAGUAGUUCCAUUUCUGUAGUUAUGUUUAGUUCAAGGUGACUUAAGCUCUUAUUUUAUUAGGAUGAAUAGUUUCAUUUAUCAUCGAAUAAGCAGUCUAAGAUUUGUGAGAACAAGGACUGAAGAUAAAAUGAGUAGAUACGUCCAGCUGAAGAGUGCCAAAUUAAGCAAAACGCACAUCUUGGAUUCCAGCUCAGCUGAUAGUGCCUGUGAUUUAAUGGCAAUAUCCACACAUACACCAAAAUACUGAUCAAUGAGAAGAUCCAAACUACAGUUGAAAAUGAUAAUUUCCUCUCCGUUUUCCAAUUACAAAAAAUCGUUUAAAAUCUAACUGAUUUUCACUAUCGAUUUUCUCUGCACAGUUGGUGGAUAUAUAUUGAUUAUAAACACAUUGCAGGUUUUGGUAUGUCUACUUUUUCAAUUCACAUAAUUACAACAUUACAGACAACAUGCCAAGGUCAUUUGGUAAAGAAUUAUUAACCAAUCAGAUCCAUUUUAAGGACUUCGUUACUUCUAUCGACCAAUAAGAACUAUUUUUGCCAAUCUGAAAAUGGAUAUUCCAGUGUAACCAUUUUGUUGACCUAAUUUUAGCGAACAGUACUGUUAUCUCUCUAUUUUCAUUAUAAUAGCUCCUAAUGUCUCAUCAUUCGUUCGGUUCUGGAAAUAGCCUCUAUAGGCUGGAUAGUGUUUUCAAUGAGCGGGCGGGACCAAGGAUGACAGGAACACAGAGUGAACGUCGGUAUCGUCACCCCGUUGUACCAAUUUCAUCAACAGAUGCUCCACACUAUGCGCAAGCAUCACAACUAUAUCCAAUGCGAAGUUCCUCGGAGCGCGAUAAUGUUUAUUGGUACAAACCUGGGUCUCUUGGACGAUCAUCCCAGGGGAGUAGCUCAAGCACUAUUGGUCAGUCGAUUGUAAUACCAGUUGUUCAUUUAGGUGCUUCUAGAGGAUCCCUUUCAUCAAGUUCAUACGAUAUGAUUUCUCAUUCUUCUGAAAAUUUAGAUCAUACACCAAAUGCUCCACAAACUGAUAAUGGCGAGUGUACUAAAUCCCCUACAUUUAGAACUUCAUCAGUUCUCACUACUGGCAAUCGGACAGUAACUCGACCUGCUCCACCACCUUCAGAUCCAGAAGCCGAAGUCGAUGCUCUAACAAAUCUCCUAAUGCAAAGCAUGGAAACUCGAUCAUCCAUGUCUUCAGUUGGCGCUAGCGGGACAUUAACUCCUGCACCAGACGGAGUCAAUUCUUCUCCAGCUGGGAGCCUAAGACGCGGGAGCGGUCUCAACUCUCAAUUCGGACGUUUACAACAGCAUUCAGGUCUGAGUUCUAAUGCUGGGGGUAAUGUGAACGGUGGUCGGGGUAGUCCGCUGGCAACAGCGGUCACUUCUGCUUCAACUACUGGCAGCUCAUCAACAAACUCUCCCACUGAGUCAGCUUCUAGCAUGUGUAACUGUAGUGAAACCACAAGUGCAACUCCGGGUCAAAACAUAUGCUUCCGAUGUCGUCGCUCACUUAUUCCUCCAGAAGGAAGUGGCAGCUUAACUUCAACAAACAAUGUUGUGACAUUAACAGGUGCUUUAGGUGUAAGACUUCAUGUAGCUUGCUUCUCAUGCUAUCGUUGCGCUGCCCCGCUGAAGUCAGAUGCCUACUAUCACAAUCUAAGACGUUUGUUAUGCCCAGCCUGUGUACGAGAUGGAGCUGUUGAAGCAUGUUCAAACUGUCAUAGACCCAUAGGCGACAGAGUAGUUCACGCUCUUGGGAUGCCAUAUCAUCCCAACUGCUUUGUUUGUGUAGUAUGCGCGGGUAGGCUAGAUUCUCGACCUUUCACUAUUGAUGUUCACGGCCGACUUCAUUGUUUGACUGAUUUUCACAAACGAUACGCGCCAAGAUGUGCGUCAUGUGGAAGGCCGAUUGUACCAGAUGCCGGAUGUCAAGAAGCACGUCGAGUUGUCUCGGGAAAUUCAAACUAUCAUCUUGAGUGUUUCGGGGUCCAAACAUUACCACAGAACUCAAAUCUAAAACCGUCUGCAUUUAAGAUUAGCGGUACUAUCGCUAGUUAAACUUACUACUGUCUGAAGACAGAAUACACAAACGGAAAACUGCUGGUGAUCUGAAUUUAUCACAUUUACUUCAUGAAGAUCGAAAUUUCGCUAUUUAACUGGACGCAAUAUGAAACAACCUUUUCACUUUACAACAGAAGCUUUACCAUCAUGUACCACGCAACAAAAUUAAAUAAAACGUUUUCAUAUU